AACAAACCCAGCGGAAUGCCAAGACUUCGCUGAUGCCACGAAAGCUUCAACGGCUGAACCGCCGAUAAGCUUCUCGAACUCCUCCCCUCCCUUCGUACCAACUAUUUUGCAACUGGGCAUUCAGACUUACUUGCGAAGAUAACGCUCUUUUUUACAGCGUUCCAGUUUCCCACCUCAGCCCAGCCAUAUUCGAUAGUGGUGGACGGCGGAAUCGACGUUCCCGGCAAGCCUAGCUAGCCCGCUCUACGAAGCGUACGGCCUAUUUACCUACCCUACCGUGAAUAAAUAAACGCCAACUUCAUUGCGCGGCUUGAACUACGACGAUAGAACAGAAACCUUCCUAGGCGGACAUUAUGAUUUCUUUGACCACCCGCAGGUCGUGAACCCGAGGGACGAUCCCGAACUGCUUACUAUUUAUCUGGCGGCGUGCGAUAUUUAGCUUGCGGACAAAACUACAUACGCUUGCGAUUUUGGACUUACGGCAAUCGCGGUACUUUAUAAACUAGAUACGGAGGCGAAAGCUCCGGUACUAAGAAUAAAGGAAGCAUUUUCUCUCUCUCUCUCUUUUUUUUAAAAAAAUAAAAGCCAAGGAAUAAUAAAGAAGAGAAGAGAGAGUAGCCAUGCGGCAGCAUUCCCUACUGGCGCUCUCGAGUUUACUGGCUUAUGCCGCCUUAGGCUUGGGAAGUGAGAAGACCUUCAAUGUUUAUGAUGAUGUUUUGGCGUUCCCACAGUUUGAAGUUCAUUUCCCUCUCGAAUACAUCCUCGCCUCGGAUGCACAAGAGACAUUAGCGAAUCAACGAUCCUCCUCAAAACAAAAUGCCGCAACUACCUCAUUAUCCUCUGCAUCACCAUCACCCCUUGACUCUUCCGUUGUUCACCUAGACAGAUCGCGGCAGCAGGCACCGCUACACGAUGAUAAGAAAGAAGACGAAAACGAGCGGCCAACCUUCCGCGAGGAGGGGGUUGAGAGAUAUGAAGAAAUGCUUCUAAAUGGAGGGCGAUACCUUUGCGCCUUACCUAGAGUGGCGACGAUCAACGAAACAGAAGAUGCGGCUACAUCCCCCACCGAGCAGGAGAAAGAACUUACGCGAGCCGCUGAUCGCGGCUUGGAAUUACUUAGCGACAUGAAGGAAAGAUGUAUGUACUACGUUGCGGGAUGGUGGUCAUAUUCCUUUUGCUAUAUGGACCAGGUGCGGCAGUUUCAUGCUCUGCCGCCAGGGAAUGGGGUACCCGCUUAUCCGCCUGUUGAAGACCCUGCCACGCAUGCUUAUGUCCUAGGAAGAUUCCGCGGCGAGAAUGGGAGCAAUAAGGAUAGAAAGGGUGGUAGUGGCAGCGAGUCUUCAUCGUCGUCUGGUGGUGAUAAAAAAUCCUCUGCGACGGAGGUAGCGGUGCUUCAGGCCAAAGGUGACUCUCGAUACCUGGUGCAGCACCUGGAGGAUGGCACCAUAUGCGACAUAACUGGCAGGAAUCGGAAGAUCGAGGUCCAGUUCCACUGCCAUCCGCAAUCGACGGAUCGCAUUGGCUGGAUCAAGGAGGUUUCGACAUGCACCUACCUCAUGAUCAUUUAUACCCCGCGGCUGUGUAACGAUGUCGCAUUCCAGCCUCCAAGAGAGGAUGAUCCGAACCCCAUCGUAUGCCGGGAGAUUAUUGAACCAGAUGACGUUGCGGAGUUCGAGGAGGCAAAGGCUCUCCACGAGCAGGCACAAGAUAUCAUGAACCUAGGGAAGAGUGUUGACGAGAGUUUACCGGUCAUUGGGGGUAUCGAAGUUGGUGCGAUGAAGCUUGUCGGAAGGGAAGGAAAGCGGAUUGAGAAGGGCAAAGUUGCUUCCGCUGGGGAAGAGAGGAUUGAAGUUGUCGCCAGACGCCUGGCUGGGGAGAUACAUAAGAUGUCCAAGGAAGAGCUCAAGAAGUUCAACCUUGACGCGGACAAAAUUGAGGAGGUGAAGAAGCGUCUAGAGGACAUUGCGGGGGGAAAGGAUUGGAAAUUGGAAAUGGUUGAAUCGAACGGGAGGUCUACACUUCGUGGUAUUCUUGUUGCUGAUGGGGAUGAGGUUGAGGAACCACAAGGAAAAGAUGGAGGUAAUAAUAAGAAACAAGAGAGUGGGAAGGGAAAGAGGAAUCAGGAUGACCAUGGAAAGGAAGAGGGCAGCGAUGAGACUUACAAAGAAGAACUAUGACGAUCGCCUUUUGGGUAUAAUUUGCUGGUAGUUGCUGCGGCCACUGCAGUCACCUGUCCCACACUCUAUAUAAUCAUAUGUAACUAUUAUAUUUAGAUUCUUUAUCUCUCUAACUUCAUUUUGUGCUAUGAUAGAAACUGUCUAAUGAUAUAGAUUGAUUGAGAUACUAUAAUUUGAAGAUGAGUGAUAUUAGAAUCUCUUAUAGACUACUUCCUCAUAUCCACUGGAUCUCUAUGAGAAUAGAUAUUGCUAGCUGCCACUGACUUCCUGCCGCCUGCGUCCCAUAUCCGCCGGAUCUCAACGGAGGAU